AUGGAGCUCCUGGAGCUGGAGCAGCUGCCGAAGAAGUCGGUGCGCGAACAGGCCAGUCGUGCCUUCCGCCUCCAAGCUGUCGCUAACAUGGAGAUAUGGCUCGGCAUGAAGCGGGCUAUCAACGCGGUCGAACCCGUCCAGAGUAAGUACGAGGAGGGCCGAGCCAAAAUUGCCGAGGCUGGGAAACUACUCCAGGAUGCGGAUCGACAUGCGGAGGAGAAUGCUGCCAAGAUAAUCGAGCUGUCCUCCAGGUUGGUGGAGGCUGAAAGGGCGGCAGUGGAUGCCGAAGAGGCGAGGGCGAGGGCAGAGGCGGCGAAGAAGGUCGAGUGUCGGUCUCGGGCGAAGGAGCUGGAGGAGGCCAAGAAACAGGCCAUAGCGGAGUACCGAAACUCGCCAGAGUUCGUGGCAUUGCUGGACAAGGAAGUGAUGGAGCAAUGCGAGGACCUCAUCUACCGGUUCAAGCACUUCAAUGCUGAUAAAAAGCUAAACCUGAACUUCGUCCGGGAUCCGUCGCCGUUGCCCGAGAGGGUAACCGAGGAGAUGGUCGAGGCGUACCUCGGGGAGGAUGCCGAAGUCGAUUCCUUGAGUGACUCCGAAUCGGACGGUGAGGAGGAAGAAAUGACUCCCCUUACCGAGCCGUUGAGUGCUCGAGAGGAUGAGGGCGGGCCGGCACCGCUCGAGGCUGAUCCUCCAACUUCUUGA